GAAUUCCUCUAAUUUCAGAAACGAAAGUGAAAGUAAAAAUAAUUCGGACAUACGGCUAAAAGAGAAUUUGGAAAAUGGAAGAAAAAGAUGUUGUGAAGGAAUUUUUGUGCUACAAGUGUCAGUUAAAGAUAAAAUAUGAUUAUUUUGGAACAAAACCACCAUUCGCAAAGUCAAUUAUUUUACUUGAAGAUACCUAUAUCAUGAAAGAUCCCUUCUCUUCAGAGAUGGGUAUGAUCAGCCUAGGAUCCCAUUGUAGUCUGUGUCGAAAAUCUGUCUGUUCUUCUGGGGACUGUAGCAUUUUCUACACAAAGAGGUUCUGUUUGUCAUGUGUUCAAGACAAAAUAGAAGAAUUUCCAGUAGAAAUACAACAGGAAUUAAAGAAUAAAGCACUUAGACAGACCUCAAGAUGACAGUACAGAUCCUAUUAAUAUAAAAACUUUAACUGCCCAUUUCAGUUGAUCUUUUGCAGUCAUGCCAAUGACAGGCUUAAUAUCUUUGUUAAUGCAUAUACAUGUAUUGAAUAUGUUCAAAGACUAUUUAUGAAAAGAGGAAAGGUCUUUGAAAUUUGAAUGUUGACUUCUGAAAGAUAGUAUGGUGAUACCUUAACCCUUAUCAUGCUGGACACAAUUGAUUCUGCCUUUUUGACCAGUGUAGAUCAUGAUCAGGCCGCACAUCUGUGCAGUCUGAUCAAGAUCUGCAGUGUUUGCCAUUUAGCUAAUUUCUUUUUGGUAAGCACCCCUUUUAACAGUUAAUGGUGCUGUCCAGAUGGACAAGUUUGUUACAGAAAUUUAGCAGGGUAAGGGUUAGUAUAAAGAUCAUACAUGGUGGAGUCAAACAGUGGUCUUUUAAGUUUAUAUUUGUUCUAUAUUCACAGGUUAGAAUAAACUGAAAAAAAAAAAACAAAAAAA